AUGCACUCUCCCAAGAAAAAAAGCCUCUCUAGCAAUACACACCAAACUGAGCAUGUGCAGAGUGACUCCACAGGAUAUGUCUUAUCAGGAGAUAAGAGGGGGACACUGGAAGAAGGGGAGGAUCAGAGAAGACAGGAUCAAAGAGUGUUUUUUACACAGUGCAGAGGAUUACCCCUUAGGCUCCACAGUGAGUAUAACAAGCAUGCCUUACUGCCAGGGGCGGACUGACAACUCAUGGGGCCCCGGGCAACAGGAAAUCACGGGGCCCAUGUGUCCUUGCCUAAACUCAAAAAAGCCU